UAUUUUUUUUUUCUUAUUCGACUUGAUCAAUUUACUCUUGCAACUUAAUUUUAUCAUCUUUUUUUUUUCUAUUUGUAUGUUUCUUUUCUUUUUGAUUUAUUUCUAAAUUUUUAAUUUUGAUUUAAUGUCAUCUUUUAAUUCCACUUUCAAGGAAUUAAAUUAUCACUCAUGUGAAAAGUGUUUACGGUGAUCAUCUUCUCUCUCUCUCUCUGUGUUUCAUAUCAUCUCUAGAAUUUGCCAAUAUUCAUCUCAAUGUUUUAUUUAAAAAUUUUCUCUUCAAUGUUAUUACCGAUCUUUUUUCUUAUUUUCUUUUCUCAUCAUGGAUUAACUCAAGACUUGUUUAGCUACACAAUCCUAGCACCGGAAAAGAUUCGUGCAAACUCGGACUAUUUUAUUUCCAUUUCUACUCACAAUAACCAUGGACCCAUCAAUUUUGAUGCAACUAUUUCUGGACAUGAAAAUUCAUCUCACCUAAAUACCAUCUCUCAAAGUGUUACCUUAAAUGACGAUGAGACCAGAUUGGUUCGUUUUGGUGUUGGCCCUUGGGGUGCUGGUAACUAUAAGUUAACCGUUAAUGGCCAAGGAAAUGGGUUAACCUUUAAAAAUGAAACAAAACUUGUCUAUGAGAGUAAAAGUUUCUCUGUGUUUAUUCAAACGGAUAAAGCGAUCUACAAGCCUGGUCAAAAGGUUUUCUUCCGUGCAAUUAUUGUUCGUCCUACUUUAGCAACCGCUGAAACUGGUGCUAAUACUGUUUACAUUGAGGAUGCUAAAAGUAAUCGUAUCAAACAAUGGGAUCGGGUUUUCACUUCAUUUGGUGUUCUCUCAUUUGAUUUUCAACUUUCAGAAAAUCCGGUUCUUGGUGAUUGGACCAUAAAUGUUGACAUUGAUAGUAAAAUAUUUAAGAAAACUUUUACCGUUGCUGAAUAUGUAUUACCCACUUUCAGUGUUGACGUAAAUCUACCAAGUUAUGUGACCUACAAUAAAUCUGACCUUAUCGUUAAUGUAAAGGCAACUUAUACCUAUGGAAAACCAGUUACUGGUGAGGUCACUUUAACCGUUCAACCAAGGAUAAGAUAUGGAUCUCUAACUACUCGUCCCCUAGAACAAUAUCAAGUAAAAGCUAAACUUGAUGGUUCAGUUGAUAUUCCAGUUGAUGUUAUUCGAGAUGUACGAUUAGCAAAAGAUUUCUAUGAUCGAGAGAUUGAAUUUUUUGCACUGGUUGAAGAAGAUUUAACUGGCCGUAAAUAUAAUAAAACCUCAAUCCUUACAGUUUACGAUAAAGAGAUAAACAUUGAACUAAUCAAAUCAUCACCAUACUAUAAGCCCAAUCUUACGAUGACCUGUUACCUUAAGGUCGCUUAUCGAGAUGAUACACCGGUUGAAGAUAAUGGUCCACCAGUGAAAAUAAUGUAUGGCUAUGGUUAUAAUGAAGAAGAGUAUACCAAUGUUAUUGAACAAGUUCCCAAAAAAGGGAUCAUCAAGUUUGAAUUUACACCAAUCUCAUCGCCAACAUCAAUCAUUGGAAUUAAAUCUGAAUAUAAAGGUCAAACUUAUCAUUUCAUGAGUUUGGAUAUGUUUCAUUCACAAAGCUCCAAAUUCAUUCAAGUUGGAAUUGCUGAAAAUUCAAAACCUAAAAUUGGUGAAUUCUUGUCUCUCAAUGUUGCAACCACCGAACCAAUCGAUCAUUUUGUGGCCAUCGUCAUGAGUAAAGGGGAAAUUUGUCUUACGCAAACAUUUUUCGUUAAAUCAGGUCAACAACAUGUCUUCCAAUUUCUGGUUACCCAUUCAAUGGCACCAAAAUCUCGUCUAGUUGUUUACUAUGUAAGACCAAGCGAUAAAGAGGUUAUCGUUGAUUCCCUUUCAUUUGAUGUUGACGGAAUUUUCCGUACCAAUGUUGAAAUUGAAGCAUCUAACACAAAAGCUAAACCUGGUGAAAAAAUCGACAUCACCGUUAAAACUAAUCCGAACACUUAUGUUGGUGUAUUGGGAUUAGAUCAAAGUGUUUUACUCCUUAAAAGUGGCAAUGAUAUAACUCGAGAUGAUGUAAUUGCAGAAUUGGCAACCUACGAUUCCAAUUAUAAUUCCGAUUCAACUGACCCAUUCAAGUCUAUCUAUAGAAAUUCCUUCCCCUCAGAAAGUUCAGCAGCAAGUACCUUCCAUAGUGCUGGACUUAUUGUCCUUUCCAAUGGAAUCGUCUACGAUUAUAUAACACCUCGUUUUGGAAAGUCAAUAUCCGGCCGACCUGUUCCACUUUAUUUACCUGCCCCUACAAGUAUCGCUAUUGAUGACAAGCUUCUUGAUCACCGUCUCCAUUUGGCUAAAAUAGUUUUACCUGAAAGCACCGAUACAAGGAUAGUAUUGAGAAAACACUUCCCUGAGACUUGGCUUUGGGAUAGCACUUUCACUCGAACCAGUGGAUUAGCUAAUUUCAGUAGUAUAAUACCUGAUACCAUAACUACCUGGAGUAUAUCAGCUUUUGCGGUUGACAAGCGAACUGGAUUGGGAGUUGUCGAAAGACCUACAAAGAUAACGGUAUUCAGGCCAUUCUUUGUGUCGUUAAACCUUCCCUAUUCAAUUAUUCGGGGCGAAACUGUUGCUAUUCAAGUGCUUGUAUUCAAUUACCUGACUAAACCGAAAGAGGCUCAGGUUACCCUUUUUAAUGAGGACAAAGAGUUUAAUUUUACCGUUGCAAGCAAUGAAAUUGAUACUUACCUGUCAGAUGAAUCUCGAAGUCAAUUUGUUCAAGUUGCUGGUGAAAGUGCUGCUUCUGUUACCUUUCUUAUCUCUACCAAUCGAGUCGGAACAAUUAAACUUAAGGUAACCGCUUUAGCUGAUACGGUUGGUGAUGGAAUUACUAAACAAUUACUGGUUAAACCUGAAGGGAAAACCCAACAUCUAAAUCGUGCCUUACUUUUAGACUACUCUAAAUCUGAAGAUUCCUCGAAAGAUAAUCAUUUGGUUCCCCUUUGGAUGCCAAAUAAUGCAAUUCCUGGUUCUAAACGUUUAUCAGUCUCCGUUAUUGGUGAUGUUCUAGGAACAAGUUUAAAUAAUUUAGAUGAUUUAUUGAAGAUGCCUUAUGGAUGCGGUGAACAGAAUAUGCUCAAUUUGGUUCCAAAUAUUGUUGUUCUUUGGUAUCUUAAAAAUGCUGGAAAAUUGACUGUUGAUAUUCAAUCGAAAGCCAUUCAACACAUGGAGAUAGGAUAUCAGCGAGAAUUGACUUAUAAAAGAUCUGAUGGUUCAUUUUCUGCAUUCGGAGAAGCGGAUAAAAAAGGAUCUACAUGGUUGACCGCUUUUGUAUUGAAAACUUUCCACCAAGCAAAGGAAUACAUUACCGUUGAUACUGAUGUAUUAAAACGAGCAACUGAAUUUCUGAUUGAACAACAAGCUCCUGAUGGUUCAUUCAAGGAAUCGGGUGAAAUUCAUCAUAAACCGAUGCAAGGAGGUUCAGCUGAAAGUUCUGGGACACUUUCUGCCUUCGUUAUGAUCGCUUUACUUCAAGAUGAACAUUUCCGACAUUCAUAUCCGCAAACUUUUCUUAAAGCUGAAAAUUUUUUCUCUGAAAUGUUGAAAUCAUCUCAAUCCUCUUAUGAGACAAAUAUUCUCACCUAUGUGCUAAUCCUCAUGCGAUCAUCGAUAAUGGAAUCAGCUUUAGAUAAAUCAGUUGAUAAAAUGAAGAUUGAAGGUGAUGUCAGUUAUUGGACUGAUGAGACGGAAAAAUUGGACAUUACAAAUAAACAGUCAAGUCACUUUUUCUUACCAAAAUCAACAGAUAUCGAAGCCUCUUCUUAUGGACUUUUAUCAUUCAUCGAAAAAAAUAAGAUUGCUGAUGCCUUACCUGUAAUGAAGUGGCUCAUCUCAAGACAAAAUGCCCAAGGUGGUUUCUCAUCAACCCAAGAUACCGUUAUCGCCCUGCAAGCUUUGGCCUCUAUCGCUAGUCACCUAAAAAGUUCAAAAUUAGCUAUUGAUGUAACAUUUAAAUUUGGUAAAAUAAGUGAGAAGCAAACAAGUCGUACUUUUGUACUUAACCCGGAAAAUGCCCAAGUAUUGCAAAAGUUUGAAAUGACCGAUGCCAAAGGUGAAACGAUUCCCGAAGAUGUUCAAAUUGAAUCAUCCGGUGUUGGUAUUGCAAUUGUACAAGUUUCUUGGAGUUAUAAUCUCGCUGUAUCAGCUGAAGAGCCCGCUUUCUACCUUAAUCCCCUCUUAGGAAAAGCAUCAACAGAUAACUUCCUUCAACUUAAUCUAUGCACUUAUUAUAAAGCUGGUAAUUCCACCAAUAUGGCCGUUAUGGAGGUUGAAUUACCUUCUGGUUAUUCUGCUGAUGUUGAUGCUUUACCAAGCAUCAAAAGUCAAGGAAACGGAAUCAAAAGAAUUGAAAGUCACAAUGGUGAUACAAAUGUUGUCAUUUACUUUGACAGGAUCACUCGUGAAGAACUGUGCCUUACCGUUCCCGCUCACCGAACACAAAAAGUUGCCAAUAAUAAGCCUGUUCCCGUUAUUUUAUACGAUUAUUACAAUCGUCAUGAAUCAGCUCGAAUAAUGUACGAACCCAAAGUAACAACAACCUGUUCCAUUUGCACAAGCUCUGACUGUCAAUGUAACAAUGAUGAUGAAAACGGCAUCAAAGGGACCAGUGCUAAUCAUAAAAGCUCAUCAUCACCAUCAGCAACCACAACAAGAGCAACAAUGCUCACCGUUAUUUUCAUCCUUCAAUUGGUUUCUUUUGUCUGUAUCAUAUAAUAAUAAUAACAAUGAUGAUGAUGAUAAUAAUCAUAACAAUAACCACCCUCAAUACACCAGGAUGAGGAUAAAGACAUUGAAUCAAUUUAAUUGCUGAUUUAAUAUUAAGGAUAAUUUAAAGAAAAAGCAACAAAAAAAAGAAAAAGGCAAACAAACCAACAGGAUUUUGUAUAUUUCGCUUCAAUGCCAAUCUCAAUUUUCCAGCAUAACUUUUGUUUCUGUCUUCGAAAAUUUAAUUUCACCAUUUAAUAUAUAUCUCAACUUUAAUGGCCAUUCAAUAUUUGUAUUGAAUAAAAAUAUAUCAUCCUUGUAAUCACUUUUGUUUAUACAUAUAAUAAUAUAAAGAAAAACACUA